AUGGAAGAUGCGGUCCGUCCAACUGAACAGGCGUUUAAGGCUAUGUACGAGCGAGGUUAUCGCACUUGGUUCAGUCUUUACGAGAUGACAAUUGCAGACACCAAAACCCAUCAUCUUCCUUGGUGGGAUUGUGCAUUUCAGCUCGAGAAUAUAUUUCCCGACCACCCUUCCUUCCCAGAAAGCCUUGCAGUAGACGCGUCAUUUUCGAAUACUGUCAUUGCAACGGGGAUAUCUACAUGGAGAACCGCGGCGCAGGGACCCUGCGAUUUACCGUCCUUUGAUCAAGAGUUCUUUAUCCCAGUCGCGUCAGAUCGUCCUACGAUUCUCGCUAUCUCGGAUUCGGAUCCGCAACAGUCUACAUCUGUGUUCCCGCGAAGCUUCAGUGAGGACGACGACGAUCAUAUUACUGUGCUCAUACUUGCCUGGACCUACAUCCUUUCUGCACGGUGGGCCGAGAUCAUUCCCGGAGCGUCUGGGCCUGAAUACAGCAAUUGCGAGGCCGAAUGGGAUGACAAAAACCUCCCACCUGAAAGGGCCCCGACUGAUUCUACUGCAGCGAUUAUAGAUUUGGGUGAUAUUGAUGAUGACGCCGCUCGGUGGUGGGCAGCGGUCCUCGCCCCGGAAGGGGGUUGGAACGCAUCUAUUCCAAGUGAUAGGGGUCCCAUCCUCCACUCACCCUGGUAUACAAGGCUUGUAUCAGAACAACGCUUUACUCUUUCACGCGGCACGAAAUCUCGCCCCCUUCCGGCUCAGCAUCGUGCGGCAUCAUUCACCACCGCCUUGCGCUAUCUUUCUAGCUACCGCGAAUUCCAUCAAGUGGCUGAGCAGAGCCAUGCUGCUUUGGCUGCGACAUUACUUCUCCCUGUGGCCAGAUACGACAACAGAAGGGUUCAGUUACCGACCCCUCGAGUUCGCCGUAAAGAACGAGUCAACGAGACGAUCUGUAAGACUCCGGCAUGGAGCGAGAAUCUCAACCAACUGGACAGGCUCCUUACUCUAAGCUGCAACGCUGUAGGGACCAAAGCACUUCUGAACAGCGUCUUCUUCGAACCUGGUGUAGCAUGCAAUAUCUGUGGGGCAUGGUUGCAAGGGACAUUCGCAUUUCUCGACUCAGAGAUCGUGCAGGACCAGCAUAUCCUCCUACGUGUCUUGAUGAAGCGGGAUCCUAGUCUGGGAUUUCUCUGGCUUGGUGCUUUCAUCACCGGAGCACAGACGCGUGCUUUACAAGAGGCUCGUCAGGGCUGGUGGAAAAUCGACCUUCAUGUGGCAGCUUGGACCGGAACGCUUAUGUCUUUUAUACAAGAGCCUGUGUCAACACUGUCCCCUGAGACAGAAGAAAUCUCACGUGCUGACGAAUGUCGAUUGAUGUAUUUGUCCCACGACCAAUCCUACACUGUUCCUCCACUCUUUCCAUUCGCUCCGUUCGGUUCUACAGCGAUGACAGACACCAACAUCGACGUUCGUCAACAUGCACGAUGUGAGACAAGCCACGGCCUCGAAUACCAAGGUUUAACCUGGCGCUGUCGUGAUGGCCAGCGCACAGCUACCACUAUUCCUAGAAGAAUUCCCUUACGCACCAAAAACGGGCAGCAGCCAAGCGACGGCAAUAUCUCUGUCGUCACUUACGACAAUCUUGACAACGAGGAUGACGACUGUUCGGAAAUGGUGACGAGGAAUAUUUUCACUUGGCUGCGUGAUGAGGAUGGCUUUCCUGUCGCGGAGAGGCCCAUUCGUGAACACGAGUGGAUAGACAAUUUAGACUACUCGGACGAUGAUUGCCCGAUUACAGGGGAUGUCGAAUCUACAGCAGGAGGAGGCAAUCUGCAUGGAUGGCUGUUGAAGACAGUGACUAGACGGUCUAAUUCGCUCUAAGGGGUAUUGGAGGAGUGUUAUGUUCUCGCCGUCAGUGACGACCCUCUCGGAUAACUACUGUAAGGGAGCUGUAAUAUAGGGAGUGCGGGCGGCAGGUUACCCCUAACCAGCGUCGGUGUC